AUGAAUUACUAAGAAUUAUUAGAAUUAGUAGAUAUUGAUUAAGAAGCAGGAUGGCGGAUUCUAUAAGCAAAGAAUAUUAAGUUGAGAGAUAUUAUUUAUUCAGAUUUUAAUUAAUAAUACAUUGCAAUUUGUUUAAAAGAUUUUACAAUUUUUGAGGAUUGCCUUGAUCAUGUAUUAAAAUAUGAAAACAAUGAACUUUUCCAAUUUAUUUAUAAAUAUUUUGAUAAAGAAUUCACAUACAACUGCCUUUAGAUUCAGCCUUGUUUUUCUUGUUACAAAAAUAUAAAUGUGAUUGAAUAAAUAAAAAAGCCAAUUUCAAAUGGUUAAAAGUCUAAAAUGAUUACAUAUUAAUUUUAGAAGAUCUAUGAAAUAUCUGAAAUAUAAUUAGAUAUAAGAGAAGAAUUUUAGGGACGCAUAAAAAUUCAUUUACCAGGAGAUGAAAUAAUCCCAUUUUCAUAAGAGUUAAAACCUCCUAUUAUUGCAUAAUAAAUAACAUUAGAGUAUCCAUUACAAGAAAUAGAUCGACACUCUAAUAUUUGCAUUUGCAGUACUUUUAGAAGAGAAGUUGAAGAAUGUCCAAGAUGUUAAGGUAAGCAACUAUAAAUAACGUUUUCUUGUACUCCAGUUAUUGAUAUUGAUGCAAUUAAAAAUGAAUCUGAAGUGCAAUAAAUAAAUAAUAUAAUAUCAGAUUUAGAAUAGGUGAAAUAGUAGAACUAUGAAAAGUUGAAGGAAUAUUAUAAUGCUAUUUCAUAGUAUAAGUUUUAAGUUUAAAUGAUUCAAUUAAUGAAAGAGGCAUAUAAAGAAUUUAAUUAAGCUGCCAUACUAUCAAAAAGGUAUAGUAGAAGAGUUAGACAAUUUUAUAAUGGAAUGGAAGAAGCUAGAGAGUUAUGUUAAUUUUCUAAUUGUUUAGAAUGUAGUCGAAGAGUUCUGUGUUUAGCUGAAAAUGUGAGUGAAUCUUUAUUAAGGAAACUUUACUUUUCUAAUAACAUCACUCAUAAAGAAAGAGAAACUGCUAUUAAAUUACUUAAACCUACAAUAAUUUAUUAAGUAAAUGAUUUAGAUUAAAUUGCAUUAAAUGAGGAAGCUUACAAAGAAUUCUGUUUAUAAGCAUAUUUAUAUUUGAAGGAAUAGAAUAAAAUGGAUUUUAUUAAUUAAUUUUUGAUUAAAUGUAAAGAAUUAAAAUUAGAUGAGAUCAUUAUAGCUAUACUAAAGACAUUAAAUUAAGUAUAAAUUACUGAGAUUUAACAAUUAUUAUGUGAUAUAAAAGUUGAAAGUAUAUGUUUAAAAGAUAAUAUAAUAAGUUAAUUAUUCUUAAUUGAAAAUGUGGAAGUUUAAGAAAAGUUAAGGGAAUUUGUUAUAGGAGUUUGUAAAGUUAAUGAAAUUUUGGGAUUGAAUUUAUUUUUAAAUGGAUUGCAAUAUACAAAUGCUAUUACUUUUUAUUAACUUUUUGAUGAAAUUAAAAUAAAAUCAGCUGGAGAUGCAGUUGUUGAAUUUCUAGUGGGUUUUAUAAAAGAAAAUUAUAGAAAAUUAGAAUCUUAAAAAAUAUUGAAAUGUUUUGAAAUGAUUUAAAAAUGUUGGAAUAUUUUAAGUUAUGAUUAAUUAAAGUGGUAUAUUGAAUUAGACAAAUUAUAUAAAUAUAUUGGUUAAAAUAAUGCAAGAAUUGAUUAAGUAAUUUUAUAAAUUUUAUAUAGAUAUAUAACUUUUUGUAUUAAAAUAUGCAGAUUAAUGAUAAUUUUGAAAUUCUUAAAUACUUUAUUAUGUAACUACUAAAUGAGAAUCAAUAAAAUCAGUAAAUUCAAAGAAUGUCAUUAAUGAUUCAUAAUCUCUUAUUUAAGAGAUUGGAUUUUAGAAUAAGAAUUUAGCCAUAUAAAACAAAUUAAUAAUUUUAUCAAAAGGAAGUAGAGUAUUCAUCUGUAAAUUUUGAAACGUAAAUUAUAUAAAUAAUUCAAUAGAUUUGAGAAGCUAAAAGAAAUGGCAUAAAAGGAUUUAGGUUUAGAACUUUAAUUUGAUUUGAUAAUUUAGGAAAGAAUAGUAAAUGAUACUAAUCUUGAUUUAGAAUUAGUAUAUAAAGGAUUUUACAUACCUGAAAAGGCAAAGCAAUUAAAAAAUGGAUAAAAAAUAUUGUCUAUGAAUAAUAUAUAAUAAGACCCUUAAUUGCAGAAAGAGAAGGAAAAGAUAAAUGAAUUAAUCUAAUAAAAAAUUUUAAUGGAAAUCAAUUACUCAAUAUAAGGAGUUGGGAAUCAUGAUGAUUUACCUUAUAUACCAAGUUUAACAGAUGAAAAGAAAUAAUAAUUAGAAAAAUAAAUCUCAAGUUUAAUUGAGCCCUAACAUUUAAAAAUCUUAUUUAUAUUGAUUAAUAAUUUAAUACAAGAAGGAAAGAAGUUCAUGAGUACUGUAUAAAAGAUUGUAGGUAUAAUGAAAUUUUUAUGUAAUUCAUCUAAUUAAAUCAAAUAAUAAAUUAUUAAUUGUCAAGGGAUUGUUGUUUUGAUCAAGAUUUAUUUAUAAGAGCCGAAUGAAAAUGAAAAAUUAUUAGAUUUUAUUGAUGAUUUAUUAACAUAAACUACUUAAAUGAGAAGAAGAUUUAGUGAAAAUAUUGAUCCAUAUGAAUUAAAAUUCCAUGAUAAAGAAAGUGUUACACUUCUUUAUUAAGUUAUUAAUCAUUUAGAAUUAAAUUUAACUUAAAGAAUAAGUAAAACUUUAAUAUAAAUUAUUCCAUUAAUAAUUCGAGAUCUAAAUGAACCAAUAUAAGCAUUAAUUGAAUAUUUUAAAAAAAGCAUUAAAUUUGAAUGGAAUAACUAAUAAUUGGCAUUCUUUGGAUCAAUAUUACAUGCAACUCCAACUCAUUAUUAAAAAUUAAGAGAAGCAACAUUAAAUAGUGGCAUUUAUUAAUUAGCAGUAGAAUAAUAUUUAUUAAAUUAAUCCCUUGAAGACUGGAGUGAAACUAAUGCUAGUUGUUUAAAAAUUAUAUUCUCUGUUGCUAUUGGAUCUUAAGAAUGUUAAUUGCUAUUAAAUGAAAUUGGAUUUAUACAAUAAAUAUUUUAACAUUCGAAUAAUCAUAAUUAAGUAAUGAAAGAAUUAUCUAAAGUAUGUAAUGACUGUAUAAAUUUCAUUAAAAAUGAUGAUGGAUAAUAUAUUAUACAAGAAUUGAAAACUGCUAUAUAGAAAUUAACAAUUGAUAAAGAAUAAAAAUUUGAAGAAAGUUAUAAAAAUAAAAAAUAAUAAAUAAUGAAAAAAUAUCAAAAAUCAAGUUAUAAUUAGAAAAUUUAAUCUUUACAAAUAGAGAAAGGAUUAUAAUGUGUAGCUUGCAAAGAAGGUUAUUCAUUAAGUUUAAAUCAAUUAGGAAUUUAUGUUUUUUCUCUUCCAUAUUAAAUUCCAGAAGAAAAAGCAUUCCUAUCUAUGUAAAGUCAAGAAACUUAUGGUUUAUAGAGUGUAACUUAUUUUACAGUAAUUCAUUCAUCCUGUUAAAAAGCUAGUGUAGAUUGUGCAAUAAAAUCAUAAAAGGAUGAACAACCAAAAUCACAUGAUGAAAUAUAUUGGGAAUGUGCAAUUAAAAAUAAUGGUUGUAAAUGCAAUAAUUUUUUACCAUUAAAAGGUGGAAAUAAUUAUGAUUAGACUUUGGAAAACUAUUUUAAAAAAUGUGAAAAAAUAUUAAAAAAUAAAAUCACUUCAAAAUGUUGGUUACUUUUAAAUGAUUUAAAAGGAUUAAUUUUUAGAAUGGCAUCAUAAGAUGAUUUAUCAGUUGAUGCUGGUGCAAGUACUUAUGAACAUAAUCUUAAACUUAUUCCAGUCAUGAUGACAGCUAUUAUAUUUUGUAAUGUUACAUAAUACUCUCAUCUUAUGUCUACUUAAUAAACUUCUUUUUAAUACAUUUCUAUCGCUAUUAUUCUUGCCUUAUUUCAUCCUUAUUAAGAUUGGCAACAUUAUUUAAGUAUUUAUACUAAGGAUGCUAAUAAGCAUUUACUUAAUGCUAUUAAAAUAGUAGAUAUUAUCAUGUCUUAUAUUCUAUCUAAAGUACCAAAUGAUUCAAAUUAUCAAAAAACUUUAGAUAAAUUUCUUAAUUAAGAUUAAUUUGAUGUAAUUAUCAUUUAUUCAUUUUUUUAGAUUGCUUUAUAAUUUCAAAAAUUGCCCAUAGAAUACAAUAAAAAAUGA